AUGGACAUAAAAAUAGUAGAAGAUGAAGUUAUGCUAUCAGAUGGACGAAUAAUAAAAAUGCCUGUCAAAAGAAAGGAGGACGAAAAUGAGAAAGACAAGGCAAAGGCAAAAUUAAAAGUGGAAAAAAUUCCAAACGUGUGGGGUAGUAGUGCAGGGGCAGGUAGUGACUAUUUUGAUCUUUACCGAAAACAAAGGAAUGAAGAAAAUGAAAGACUAGAAAUAAUUGAAAAACAAUGGAAAGAAUAUACGGACAAUCAGAUAUUUCAGAGUAAAAGAAGGGAGAAAAUAGAAUAUAUAGAAAAAAAAAGGCAAAAGAAAAAAAAUAAAAGGUUAAUGAAAAAGAAUAAGAUAAAACAACUAAGAAUUAACAAAAAGAUUAAUAAAAAUGAAAAAAAGGCAAAAAUGUCUUCCAGUGAUGAGAAUGAAGAGAAAUGCACAGAUACAGACAGAGGUAGUGGCAGAAGGAAGGAUAAACAGCACGUAUAUGAGGAGAUGGAUGGUGCAGCGGAUGGCGGAGUGGAUGAGGAAGAAAUACAAUUCUCAAAAAGAUAUGAUAAUAACAAUAAUAGGAGUCCUAAUAAGGAUGGCGCAACUGCAAAUGAAGAUCCUAGUACGCUAAAAGGGAAAAAGAAAGAAACGGAAACAGAUGAUAAGAACGAAUUGUGUGUCCCGCCUGUUGAUUUGAACAAUUUCCUUGUUGUUAAAGAGGAUGAGCUGUUUUAG